GGAGACUCACAAUUUCACUCAUACGUCCUUGUAUCUUAUCUUUAUAAGUUGUUCAACCAUCAAUUCUAUGAGAUAGAUAAACAAACCUGUAAUUAUCCAGGACCAUCAUUUUGGGGAAGCGGCAGAGCUUCGGAACUUAGGGGCAAAUCCGUCACGAAAGAAUGCAUAUAUAUACCACGACAACGUUGUCAGGUCCUGCACAUGUUUCACAUCUCACCUGAGCUUAAACUCUCGGUCAACUCUAUUUCGUCACUCAUUGUAGAGACAGAAACCUUCCGUAGAAAGAGAGAGAAACUACACAAAAACCAUGGCCGCAUUCUUAUAUAUUACGUUAAUGGUGUUUUUAGCCACUGUUUACACUGUUAAUAGCUGCCCACCGUCGGACCGCGCUGCUCUGCUGGCCUUCAAAGCAGCACUCCACGAGCCUUAUUUGGGCAUCUUCAAUUCUUGGACCGGCACCGACUGCUGUUAUAAGUGGUAUGGCGUCAGUUGCGACCCAGAGACCCAUCGGGUCGCAGAUUUAAACCUCCGAGGUGAGUCCGAAGAUCCCAUCUUUCGAAAAGCUGGCAGGUCCGGUUAUAUGACUGGUACAAUCUCUACUUCCAUCUGCAAGCUAGAGCGCCUCUCGAGUCUUAUAAUUGCAGAUUGGAAAGGGAUAUCCGGGGAGAUCCCGCUGUGCAUCACUUCACUUCCAUUUCUAAGGAUUCUUGAUUUGAUUGGGAAUCGGCUCUCUGGUGAUCUUCCUGCUGAUAUAGGGCGAUUACAAAGAUUAACUGUGCUGAACGUCGCCGAUAAUCUUAUAUCCGGUGAGAUCCCGCGUUCUUUGACGAAUCUCUCCAGCAUGAUGCACCUGGAUUUGCGUAGCAACCGAAUCUCGGGCCCACUUCCUGUAAACUUCGGGCGUCUCAGAAUGUUGAGCCGUGCUUUGCUUAGCCACAAUUAUAUUAGCGGGUCAAUACCCAGUUCUAUUUCGAAUAUUUACCGUCUUGCCGAUUUGGAUCUUUCGUUGAACAGACUAUCGGGCACUAUACCUCCUUCUCUGGGUAGAAUGGCCGUAUUAGCGACACUAAAUCUGGACGUUAACAAGCUUUCAGGGGUUAUACCAGCAAGCUUGUUCAAUUCGGGUAUUAGCAAUUUGAAUCUAAGCAAGAACGCAUUUGAAGGAUAUUUACCGGAUGUUUUCAGCGUGAGAUCCUACUUUACGGUUCUUGAUUUAUCGUAUAAUGGUUUUCGGGGGCCAAUACCAAAAUCUUUAUCAGCAGCAUCGUAUAUAGGGCACUUGGAUCUGAGUCACAACCACCUAUGCGGGAAAAUUCCGGCAGGUGCUCCGUUCGAUCAUCUUGAAGCGUCAUCGUUUGCUUAUAAUGAUUGCCUUUGCGGAAAACCGCUUAGAGCUUGCUGAAUAAUGCAUCAGCCGAGACGAUGUGAGAUUUGGUAAUUUGUUUGUAGUAAUAUGUAACAGUAAAAGGGUUUGUGUAUCUACGUUGCUAUGAAAAUUAAACGUUUUAUGCA